CUAAAUCAGCGCACUCUCGUAUCCACUCCCAUUCUAUUUCGUUGGCUGCUGACGGCGGCACAGCUGACGCCGGAGGCCGGAUGGAGCGGCUGAGAAGAGAUCGACGGAUGGCGCAUCUCCCCUAGCCCGUGCCCCAUUCCCGUUCAUUCAGGCAGCAAGCCGGCAACUGGCAGGGCGGCCACUUCCGUGCUGGACAACGGGACAACCCAGGUUUGGUUGAAUCUUCCUUGCUCGUGGCAGAUCCAUGUAGGACGGCAACCAUGGUGCUCUUCUUGCUCGAGGCCCACAUCUCCUACGUCUCCUUCCAUCCUGCAGCUUGCACCUCCUUCCGUCCCAAUUCGGCUACUCUUCUCAUUCUGUCUUACAGCUCCUUCACUCCGGCAGCUCAUUCUGACCAAGUAUUGUGCUAGCAAAAUGUCUUCAGCAGGAUCUAGCAUCGGAGCAUGCCCUACCCAUUACUGAUGAGUUUAGGAUCAAGAACAGAGUUUGGUGCAAGUAUUGCUUGAACUUUUACAAUGGUGGCAUUGCAAGAUUUAAGGAGCACUUGGCUGGACUUAGGAAGGAUUGUGUACCUUGCACGCAGGUUCGUGAUCAUGUUAAAGAGCAUAUGAGUGCAUUGAUAGCUGAGAAAGAAAAAGAAGAAGGAUAAAUCACUAAACAAAAUGUUGGCGUUGCGAGAAGAGGUUAGAGGGAUGUAUGAUCAAUGUGGGAAUGAGGAUGAAGAUUGCGCAAUUAUUGAGUUUUCUCCUGCAUCAAGUGGAAGCUCUCAAUUUCCUAAGAAGCCUUUGAUCAAGGGUCCAAUGGACAAGUAUCGUGCACGGCCAAGAAAAAAAACAACAGUGGAUGCACAUUAUAAGAUCAAAGAAGCAAUGAUAACUUAUGAUUAUAUUUGUGAGUUCUUCAUUGAGGAUGCCCUUGCUCAUAAUCUUGCUAGUCUUAAAUCAUUUGCUCGAAUGGUAGAAGCAAUUGGACAGUUUGGUCCAGGAUGGAAGCCACCGACACCUUAUUAGAUUGUCAAUCCUUUGUUGAAGAUACAAGUAAGCAAAGUAGAUGAAAUGUUGAAGGUCGAAAAGGAGGCAUGGGCUGCUACUGGAUGCUCUAUAAUGACAGAUGCUUGGACAAAUCAUCGUGGAAGGAGCUUAAUGAAUUUAGUUGCUCAUUCUUCUAGAGGUGUGUGUUUCCUCCAUGACAUUGAAGCUUCAACGGAGGUUCACGAUGCUAAGUACAUCUUAAUCUUGGUCAUGAGUUGCAUUGCUGAAAAUGGUGUUGAGAAGAUUGCAGUAGCCAAGUUACUUAAGCAAAAGCACCCUCAAAUAUUUUGGACCGCAUGUGUAGCCCACACAAUCAACCUAAUGCUCCAAGAUAUUGGUAAUAUACCCGUAGUGAGCUCAACAAUUACCAAUGCAAGAUGGUGGACCGUGCAUGGAACUUAUGCGAAGGACUUGAAGAAGAUGGCUAUUAGAAUACUGAGCUUAACUUGUAGUUCAUCGGCAUGUCAAAGAAAUUGGUCUGCAUUCGAGAGGGUACAUUCAAAGAAGAGGACCAGACUAGACCAGAAGAAGUUGAAUGAUAUUGUUUAUGUGAUGUUUAACAAGAGACUGGACUCGAAGUACUCUCAGAGGGAAAGGGACCCAUUGUUUGCAAAGUACAUUGAAGACGAGCCACCAAAUGAGUGGAUGUUGGAUGAAGAGAUACUACAAGAUGAUGAGGCAUCUGAAGAUGAGGCUGCAAUUGCCAUCAAUUUGAAGAAGAAAGAAAAAUAUGUAGCUUCAAGAACCAGAGGCAAAAGAUCUCGUACUGAUCAAGAUGUUGAAGAGGAGGAUCAAGAGGAGGAAGAGUAGGAAGUGGAAGAGGAAGAGCAAAUGGAAGAAGAGGAGGAGAACCUAGAAGUUGAGGAAGAAAAUGAUGAAGAAGACAUUGAUGUGGAAAUCGAUCUGACAGGACAAGAUGAAGAGGAUGGGGAAUGACUUGUGCAUCUUGAUUCUUGCAUGAGUCGAAUCUGUUCUAUUUUGCGUGAUGGUCGUGGUCUGAUUGUGUCAUAAACUCUUUUUGUUAGCUUUCUUAAUGCGUCAUGCACUCGUUUAUUUUUUUCAGUUCUAGGACGGAUUGAUGGUAAUCAUCUCAUGGUUUGAUGGAUAUGGAAUAUUGUGAUAUUGUUGGCUUGUGGUGGUAGUGUACUUUUGUAGUCUAGACUUUUUUGUUUAAUGAUGAAUUUCUAGGAAA